UUGUAAAACCAAGAUGUCGUUCAAGAGAGUAGCUGAUGACUUUGAUGAUUUUAAGCUUCAAAAAAAACGUCGAGUAAAUGAUUUGCUCUUGGAGUCCAUUCCUUCUGAUGAAGCGAUUUUAAUGAAAAAUGGAAAAUUAGCAUGUCUUGUAUGCAGCCACAGACCAAUAUUUGAUACUACUGCUAUGCUGAGUAUUCAUCGCAAUGGGAAAAAGCACCUUGCUAAUUCCCUUAUCAAGUUAGAAAGAGCAAGAGAAGAUGCUGAAAUCAGACAAAAAAGAGAACAGGAAAGUUUCUUAAAAACAAGGCAAGAUCUUGCCGAAAACCCUCUCCUUGGACUCACRCAGAUGAAAAAAGAGCAAGCACUGAAUGAAUCUUCAUUGAAAAAUCCCUCAUUAAAUGAGAGUGCUAGUGGAGUAGGGAGAGAUUUAAUGUGCAAUCAAGAUACAAAUACUAGUAAGCCAUUUUUUGGUAAAUCAACAAGCUUUGGUUUGGAAAAAUCUUCAAGCAGUUCAACAAGUAGUUGUGUGAACAGGAAAGCAUCUGGUUUGAAGUACAACRCUCCUGAUGUAUCAAAGAAAGCAAACCCAAAAAGAGAGAGGUUUCUCAGUGUGAACCCAUUGACAAAGCAAAAUAAUCCACAAGGAAUUGAGUUUAAUCCAGUUUGCAAUAAUGGUAGAAAUAUGGAAGAUACUGAGUUAAAUCAAAGUAACACAACUACAUUUAGUACGAGUCAAACCAAUGAUCUGACAAUCUCUAACAAAGCAAAUCCAUCAACUUUUUUUUCUCAUGGUCAACACUCUACUCUCAACCAUCUUGAUGCAAAUUCAAAAGCACAGUAUUUAUCUAAACUAAGACAAAUAGGGUGGAUUCUUGGGACGGAUGGGAAAUGGGAAAAAGAUGAAAAUGCAGAGUUUGAAUCUGAUGAAGAUGAACCACCUUCUCCUAGAACAAUGUUGUUUGAGUAAUAAUGGGCUUGUUAUGGAUAUUUAGGCUCUGUUUUGGCAUUGCAAGGCACCUGAGGCAUGAAGGCAAUGAAACAACAACCAAGGAUAAUGAAUUUGGAGCUUGACGACAAACAAAUUAAACCCUUCAAAACAAAAUAACCACGUAACAGAAAUAAGAUAAAGCUUGUUACAACAAGAAAGACACGGUAUCAAUUCAAAAUUAAAGUAAAACAGAAAAAUAGUUAGCCCAUAACUGGAAAGAGCAUUUUAAUAUAAUAAGCAUUUAAUAUUAAUAGUUUUAAUAAUAAUAUUAACU